CUGGUCCAGGUCCUGGCCGGACAGGGUUAAUGCUGGCUUCCAGGCUGGGGUUUGGGGCUGAGGCAGGCAGAGGAUGGGCAGGGCGGGCAGUGCAGGGCAAGGUGGCCCUCAGAUGCCGGUGUCACCCUGCCCUCCCUCUUUCAGCACAGCGCCAGGGGGCCUCGUGCUCAGGGCUCCCUGCAGGCUGCCGACAGCCCCUGGCUGCUUCUCCGCUGAUGUCCUCCCUCCUGUCCCGGCAGCCAGAGCACCUGAGUCCCACAUCACCAGCAGUGAGGACCACUUCCUGCCACCUACAGAUCUGGCCUUUAGGCUGCUCCGAAGCCAAUGAACCCCAUGCACCCCGUGAAACCCGCCCUACCCCCCACGCCACACGGUGAUGGUCCGUUUGCUUACGAGGCAGUGCCUUGGCAACAGAGCGCCACUCAGCCCGCAGGAUCGCUGUCCGUUGUCACGACCGUGUGGGGCGUCGGCAACGCGGCCCAGAGCCAGGUUUUGGGGAACCCCAUGGGCCCUGCAGGGAGCCCUCCUGGCGGCUCCGUGAUGCCCGGAGUGGCCGGCAGCGGCUCUGCCCUGAGCUCCCCGCAGUGCCUUGGACAGCAGGCGUUUGGUGACGGCGCCACCAGCAAGGGCUUUGUGCCGCAGGGGGUGUAUGGCCGCGGGGGCUACCCUGGCGGCCCUGGCUUCUCCGCUGGGUAUGCGGGCGGUCCGGGGGGGCCCGGGGGCCUGGGUCUGCCCUCACAUGCUGCACGACCCUCCACCGAUUUCACCCAGGCAGCGGCGGCGGCUGCGGUGGCUGCUGCUGCGGCCACAGCCACGGCCACUGCCACGGCCACUGUGGCCGCCCUCCAGGAGAAGCAGAGCCAGGAGCUGAGCCAGUACGGAGCGAUGGGGGCUGGGCAGGCUUUUAACAACCAGUUCCUGCAGCACGGAGGUCCCCGGGGGCCCAGCGUCCCCAGCAGUAUGAAUCCUGCCGCCGUGGGAGGGCUGCUGGGCCCCUCUGGCAUGAACCCCACCCGGGCAACAGGCAUGGCACCCCUGUACGCAGGGCAGCGCCUGCCCCAGCACGGGUAUCCCGGGCCUCCCCAGGCCCAGCCGCUGCCCCGACAGGGGGUCAAGAGGGCCUACUCCAGUGAGGUUUACCCCGGGCAGCAGUACCUGCCAGGAAGCCAGUACGCACCUGGCGCCGGGCAGCCUCCCACCCCUUCCUCCUACCCUGGGCACCGGCUGCCCCUGCAGCAGAGCGUGGCCCAGGCCCUGCCCGCCGCUGGCCCUGCAGGAUUGCACUACAAGCCCACAGAGCAGUUCAACGGGCAGGGCGCCAGCUUCAACGGGGGGAGCGUCAGCUACAGCCAGCCUGGCCUGAGUGGGCCCACCCGUUCCACCCCUGGCUACCCCAGCUCCCCACUGCCGGGGAGCCCCACGCCGCCCAUGACUCCCGGCAGCAGCGUCCCCUACAUGUCUGCCAGCCAGGAGGUCAAGUCUCCCUUCCUGCCCGACCUCAAGCCCAGCGUGAGCUCCUUGCACCCGUCUCCCCCCGGCAGUGGCCCCUGUGAUGAGCUGCGGCUGACCUUCCCCGUGCGCGACGGGGUGGUCCUGGAACCCUUCCGCCUGCAGCACAACCUGGCCGUGAGCAACCAUGCCUUCCAACUGCGCGACUCCGUCUACAAGACGCUAAUGCUGAGGCCUGACCUAGAGCUGCAGUUCAAGUGCUACCACCACGAGGAUCGGCAGAUGAACACCAACUGGCCGGCCUCGGUGCAGGUCAGCGUCAAUGCCACCCCGCUCACCAUCGAGCGCGGCGACAACAAGACCUCCCACAAGCCCCUGUACCUAAAGCACGUGUGCCAGCCGGGCCGCAACACCAUCCAGAUCACAGUCACGGCCUGCUGCUGCUCGCACCUGUUCGUGCUGCAGCUGGUGCACCGGCCCGCCGUGCGCGCGGUGCUGCAGGGCUUGCUCAAGAAGCGCCUCCUUCCCGCUGAGCACUGCGUCAGCAAGAUAAAGCGUAACUUCAGCAGCGGUACCAUCCCCGGCACGCCCGGGCCCAACGGCGAGGACGGCGUGGAACAGACGGCCAUCAAGGUGUCCCUCAAGUGCCCCAUCACCUUCCGCAGGAUCCAGCUCCCUGCCCGCGGCCACGACUGCCGCCACAUCCAGUGCUUCGACCUAGAGUCCUACCUACAGCUCAACUGUGAGCGGGGGACCUGGAGAUGCCCAGUGUGCAACAAGACGGCGUUGCUGGAGGGGCUGGAGGUGGACCAGUACAUGCUGGGGAUUCUCAUUUACAUUCAGAACUCUGACUAUGAGGAGAUCACCAUCGACCCCACGUGCAGCUGGAAGCCCGUGCCCGUGAAGCCUGACGUGCACAUCAAGGAGGAACCUGACGGGCCUGUGCUGAAACGCUGCCGCACCGUGAGCCCCGCGCAUGUGCUCAUGCCCAGCGUCAUGGAGAUGAUCGCGGCCCUGGGCCCCGGGGCUGCCCCCUUCGCCCCCCUGCAGCCCCCGUCGGCCCCAGCCCCUGGCGACUACCCCAGCCAGGGUUCCAGCUUCCUGGGACCCGGGACCUUCCCUGACUCCUUCCCGCCUGCCGCACCCAGCACCCCGGCCCUUCCUGAGUUCACCGCGGGGCUGCCCCCCAGCUCCUAUCAGUCUGACCUUCCCAGCAGCCUCCUGACACCAGAGAAGUCUGCCCCCUGUCUCCCAGGGCAGAUGGCACCAGCGGGUCACCUGGACCCGUCCCACAACCCCGGGCCACAGGGGCUGCAUGCUCCCAGCCUUGGGGGGCCCCCAGGGCCCCAGCUGCACCAUCCAAACCCUCCCCCAGCAUCCCGGCAGCCCCUGGGCCCAGUGAGCUCGGGCCCCAUCGGCGAGCUGGCCUUCAGCGCGGCCACAGGCGUGAUGGGGCCCCCCAUGUCUGGGGCGGGAGAGGCCCCUGAACCAGCCCUGGACCUGCUCCCAGAACUGACCAACCCGGAGGAACUGCUGUCCUACCUGGGCCCGCCUGACCUCCCCACAAACAACAAUGACGACCUGCUCUCUCUCUUCGAGAACAACUGAUCUCGUAGACCCCACCCAGCCAGGACUCCCUCACCGCGGGCCUGCCGGGUCCCUCCUUCAUGCCAGCCUGUGUUCUCCACGUGGGCGGGGCUCUGUUCCUAGCCCAGACCCAGCUGUUCCCGCCUCAUGGUAAAUUUCCCUGUCUCUGGAAUUUUCCAAGUUGGCUUCUGCCAGAGAACUAUUUUGUGAAGUGUCAUCAGGGCCAGGAGACACAUCUGCCACCCUGUCACCUUGUGUGGGUGUGCCUGGGGCAGGGAGCCAGCUGUCGAGUCAGGGGCCUCUGGAAGGACCAGGGCUGAAGGCCAGGCUGGCUCCAGAUAGCAGCUCCAGGAGGCCCAUGGAGGGGCCCUGGGCUCCUGGGCCUGCACAACCCCCUCCAGCUGUGUACCAGCUGCCUGGGUGGCCUUUCCCUCCUGGCCCAGCAGGAGAGGCUGAUGCGCCUUGCAGUGGGGAAAGGGGGGUGCUCAUAGGGCCCUGAAAGCUCGGGGGGGUGGGGUCCAGGGCAGGCAGGCCUGGGUGGCUUUACCCACUUACUACUGGGGACCCCAGAUGUGGACCUUCGUGCCUCUGCAGCCUGUUUCUGGCUGAGGGGGCAGAAGCACGCUCUCAGUGCUGGCUGGGAUUGGGGGGGUGGACACGGAGGCCCAGGGAUGAGUAGGGCCUGUCCAGAGUUCUGUCUGUCAUCCAUAGCCAGGCUGGGGUUGGGGAGGAAGCCAAGAACGGGUGCCACACAUGCUGUGGUUUCUGGACGUCCUCCUGGGUGCUGCUGGGCACAAUGGAGAAAUCCGGAGAUGAACCAGCGUUCACCCACAGGAGGGUGGACCCAGGCCACGACAGGACAGCAGGGGAACAGGGAGCACAGCGCCAUGGGGAGCACGCAGUGAGGGAGCAGGAUGCAGAAGUCCAUGUAUCUCAGUACAGCUUGACACCAGACACGGGUUUCCCAGGGGUCCCACGUCCGUGCCGCUGGUCAGGAAGAAGGUGGGGGCGUGGAUGGGCUGCCCACACCACUUCCCCGCGGGGUGGCACAGGAGUGCACUCGGGGACGGGGGAGGUGCCAGUGACGUUUGGCUCCUCAAGAGGAGUGCUGUCUUCUCAGCUGUCACCUUACACCCAUCAGUCACAUCCUCCCGUGUGCUGCGCGCACCACUUCAGAUAAGUGGACCGCAGACCAGAUGCACGCGGGAGCAGAGCCCCGGUGCAGAAAUGGAAACCAACCACGUGCCAGGCCUGUCCCUUACUGCAAGGAAUGAAGCUCAAGUUUGCUAACAGCAUCACUGCAACAAUGUUUCCCAUUUCAGGGAACAGUAACAGGUGGUAAAGUUAAGCACUGAACAGCCUGGGGGUGGGAGAAGGAAACGCAGGUGAAAUCAGGAGCCAUCCUAAGACGCAGCGGCGCGCCCACCUUCAGAGGUGCUGCGAGCGCAGCGUCACGACGACAUGGGACAGCUGUGAGCGUCUGCGGUCCAGGAGUUCGCUACACCUCACUGCCCACUAGAAGGAACUAGAAAAAAACACACGAGGCAAAACAGCAGAAGGAAUGAAGACAGGACAGGUGUGAGACCAGAAAUGUAGCAGUGAAUCCAGGCAAGCUAAACUUCGGUUUGACAAGUGACUCGGGUCAGAAGUGGGGCUGGAGCAGCUGUCAGAGGGACAAGAAGGGGGUCCCCCGUGAGCUGCCAGUGGUCAGACACGCCCCCCCAACCGUGAGAGCACAGGACCCCAGAGCACCAGCCCGAGAAGCAGUGCACAGCACAAAGAAGAGGGUAGAGACCCUAGCCCAGGACCAGAUGCUACCAGAUGUCAGGGCAAUGUCCCUGUCCCCAUGGCCCCUGCCCGCUAGCAUCCUCACCUGGUCACCUCCCAAGUUGGGCUGAUCACAGGGACCCAUCAGGACCAUCAGGUGGGGGACUCUGGACAGGACCAAGAUGUUUCAGGGUCCUGGGACUACGGAUGCCUUCUUAGUCAGGGGUCAUCAGUCACUCGCCCAAUCUGUUUGAGCUGAGGAGCAGUGAAUCGCCCCGAAGCCAAGUGCACUAGGCUCCGUGAUGUCACGUGCCCAUCCCCAUCCCCUGCAGCCACCUCUGCCUCUGCCACCAGGGACUGGCUUCACGUGGUCUUGAACCCGUCAGUGGAGCCACAGGGCUGCACCCCACCUUUAGCCAUCGGCUACACCGCUGGCUGUGAUGCUGUGGUGGGGGGUGGGAUUUGUGGAUGCUCCUCCGAGCUCCCUGCCUCCUGCUCAAACCCUUCCCGUGUCCGCUUGCCUCAGCUCAGGCUGCAAGUGCCCACAGGCCACUCACUGGGGGGGAAGAAUUCAAGACAGCCAUCCUGAAAGGGACACCGAGGGCCUUGGAGAAGGCUGGACAUGGGCAGACACAGCUCCAGAGUGAUAGGCCCGUCCCCUUGGAGAGCCUCGCUGUCUAGAACGGCUGUUGCUACGGAGCAGAGACCAGAGCCUCCGAGCCCUGCUCUUACUGAUGCCACCGGAAGGCCCCGACCACACUCUCUGGUGGCAGCUAAGGGGCCUGCGGCCAGAGUGGGGUCAGGAGUGCUUCCCAACACAGGGAACAGGUACCAGAAGGGGGCAGGCGUGGGUUGGCCUUAGGAUCAUUCUCCACCCUGCCCACGACCCACCUGACCACUCUCCGGCCCUGCACCUGCCACACUGGCCACCCCUAGGGUUUUCCAGGGUCCUCCACAUCCUACCCACUGCAGGCUUUGGCUGACUCACCCCUGCCACGGGGAGCCUUCUGCUGCUGCUCCCCUCCACCCCAUGGCUGCCUCCCUGAUCCCCAUCACAGCUAAUCAAUCACAGCUCAGUAGUGAUCAUUUUCUGAUGUUUUAUUUAAAAAUACUUGAGCCUUUGCACACAGCACAGGGAUCACCCGCAUAAGCCCUGGGUUGAGGAUGGCUGACAUUUUGCCAGUCCGGCCUGCUCCUUCCGUCUUACCACGCGGCUGCAUUUUUUAUGCCCCUGCGGGUUUAGUGGCCUCUGAGUUGGGAAAGUCCGAUGCAGAUGAGCUGCUCAGCGUGCAUCUUGGAAAAGCAAAAACGUUCCCUUAUGGGAGCACCCUCCUUACCGGGGCAGGGGAGCCGCGUUCCACGCCGUGCUCCCUCCCGGCCUGGCUUCCCAGCACCUCCUGUAACUGCAUCCAACCCCAGAUGCAGUCCAGGUCACACUUGGGGCUGGUCGUUAUGUCUCUACUCUAUUAACGUGGGAGAGUCCUUGGCGUUUUCCCCUUACACCAAUUUUCCAAACGAUUCAGGCAAGUUGCCUCGAAGCAAGUCCAAGGGUCACUUUCUCCUUGACCCCUGUGUGUUCUGUCCCCUGUCCCCUAAAAGGGACGUCUAGAGCUUGACUAAACAUUCUGGGUCAGAUGAGCAUUGCUACCCACCUUUCCUAUGAGACUGUGAGCUCCAUGGGAACAGACCUCUUUUGUGUGCUGAUUUAUCCCAAAGCCAACACGUUUGUCCAAGAGAUUAACCUGGGCAGACAGGGACAAGUAGGAGCGGGCUGCCUGCGGUCCACAUGCAGGGGGUGCUGAGCACCCAGCACGCUCACGGGCGCCCCCAUCUGCACCUCCCCCCACACUCCCAGCCUACCCUGUUGCCGGCUGAGCACCUGUGCCCUGCAGGGUCGCAGUGGGACGGUCAGCAGGUGUCUGGCAAGCAUCUGCUGAGAUGAUAACUGGCUCCCAGCACAGGCCCCCCGACCCACUCUUGGAGACCCCGAGCAGGGUACCUCCCAUUCGCUCCGCGAGGAGUGGCCCUGCUCUUCGGCGGGACUCGCUGAGCAGGGGACAGGCUCCACGCCCAAGGGCCACCUUCCAGUGGAGGGACCCCGGUGGGAGCAGGCCGAAUGGUGCUGCCUCUCCUUCCCGAGCGCUGACUCUGGGGCACUCCCCUCAUGUGCUGAGGUCAGUGGCACCCACAUAGCGGGAGCCCGCCAGCCUCAUGAGGUGACCUGUUGCAAAGCCAAACCAGAGCCUGAGAUCCUGCUUUCUGGCCGUCCACCAGCCUGCUUUUCCAGCUUCCCCUGUCACUGGCCAGUGGGUGGCCAGGGGGUGGCCGGUAGCCAUCUGCCUCUGUGUCCAUUGACCCAUCCCCCCGCCCCCCACCGGGAGCCCAAAGUAAGACGAGCCCACAGUGCCACUCAUGGAGCUCAGCUGCCAGAGUCAUGGUCCCCCAGAGCUCCUUGCGACCAGGAAAGCCUGCUUCUGUACAGUAAACACCCUCUCAUGGCAAAAAAAAGUAAAAAUAAAAAUAGGGGCGCCUGGGUGGCUCAGUCAGUUGAGUGUCUGCCUUC